AAAUAGAAAAUGUUCAUUUGUCGAUUUCAGGAUCGGACAAGCCUGCUGGCUACGUAUAGAGUAAAGCAUGGAAGAUUUGGGAAAAAAACUUGUUCUGGAUUUUGUGAUUAUUGUGGCUUGUGGCUUCAUCAUUCUGUGAUUCUACCCUCUUGUGAGUCGUUGCUCUGUGAUGAGAAAAUUAUAAGCAGUGGGUAAAUCCCCACAGAAAUGAAGAAAGCAGGCGGAUUCAUGAUCUUAGGCCUGUUUCUUGGAUUGUUUCAGCUCUGUAAUGGCCUCUCAGAAGAAGCCCAAAUCUUGUUGGAGAUGAAGGAGAGUUGGAACACCAAUGGAGAACUCGGAGAUUGGAAAAACAGUUCCAGUGCAGAGGAUGAUGUUCACUGCAGGUGGACUGGUGUUACUUGUGACGCCCAUUCCAAUUCUGUUGUUGCUCUCAGACUCCCGAAUUUGAAUAUCCAAGGAGAAAUUCCUUCUAGUUUUGGGAAAUUGGGUAAUCUGACGGUGUUGGACUUGAGUUGGAAUUAUUUCGGUGGGACUUUUCCUUCUGCUCUGUUUAAUCUUACCCAUCUGCAACUCCUGAACUUAUCUCAGAAUCUAUUCGUUGGGUCAUUACCGCAAGAGAUAUAUAAGCUGGAGGAGCUCCUGACUUUGGAUGUUUCCGGCAACAAUUUCUCUGGUGGCAUACCUUCUGGAUUCGGAAUGAUGCCUAAGAUUGAGGUACUCUUCUUGCAUUCUAACUUGUUGAAUGGUACUGUUCCUGCAUUUCUGGGUAAUUUGUCUACUCUGACAAAUUUAACACUUUCCUACAAUCCUCUGGCUCCUGGGGUGAUCCCCCAUGAGCUUGGGAACUUAGUAAGGCUUAAAUAUCUAUGGAUGAAGCAGUGCAAUUUAGUAGGAGAAAUUCCGGGGUCAUUAAGGAACAUGACAGAUUUGGUUCACUGUGAUCUCUCUAUAAACAUGUUGUCUGGUGGGAUUUCUACAAAUUUGAUGUCUUUUUCCAAGAUUCUAAAUUUGUAUCUCUACAAAAACAACUUAUCGGGGCCAAUUCCAGAGAAUAUCAGCAAUCUGAAGAGCAUAGUGAACUUGGACUUUUCCAUGAAUCAGUUGAAUGGAAGCAUCCCACAAGGAAUUGGGGAUCUGAGAAACAUGGAGAUACUGGCUCUAGAGUACAACCAGCUCUCUGGGUCUAUACCUUCUGGGAUAGUUAAGCUUGCUCAGCUGGUUCAUCUUAAGCUUUAUGGCAACAAGCUUAUGGGACCAGUCCCACCAGAAAUAGGGAUGAAUUCCAAACUGUUAGAGUUUGAUGUGUCAAGCAAUAAGUUGUCUGGUCCUCUUCCUCUCAACGUUUGUGGAGGCGGAGUACUAGAUGGGUUCAUUGUUUUUUCAAAUAAUUUCAACGGCAGCCUGCCUGAAUUUCUGGGAAACUGCCCAAGUCUCUCCAGUGUCCGAGUCCAGUUUAAUCAGCUGAGCGGCAAGGUUCCCUCCGGCUUAUGGAGUUCUCCACUUCUUCAAGAACUAACACUCACAAAGAAUUCUUUCCAUGGCCAAAUUCCUGAUCAAAUCAGCAAAGCAUCUAAUCUGGCAAGAUUGGAUAUAGCUCACAAUCAAUUCAGUGGAAGUAUUCCGCCUGAAGUUGGAGAACUACGGAAUCUCACCGUUUUAGAGGCUAGUGACAAUAAUUUAUCAGGGUCCAUUCCUGCAAAACUUGCUCGACUUUCCUCGCUCAAUGUGUUGCUUCUACAUAACAACAUGUUAUCUGGGGAGCUUCCAAAUGCAAUAUCCUGGCCACAUCUAUCAGAACUUAGCCUUGCAAACAACCAAAUCAGGGGUUCCAUUCCUUCUCAGCUGGGUUCAUUGUCAAAUCUCAAUCUUCUUGACCUCUCAAACAAUCUUCUUGAGGGCAGAAUUCCUCGUGAAUUAGGUAACCUGACGUUGAGUUUCUUGAAUGUGUCCGCCAACAGUUUGUAUGGCUCUGUUCCUGAUGAUUUCAAUAAUUUGGCCUAUAAGCAGAGCUUUCUUGGCAAUUUGGGCCUGUGUGGGGGUGGACCUUUAAGGCUUCCUUCAUGUGCACAGCAGAAGAGUUCUGAAAAACAUUUGUCUAAGAUUUUGGUUGCAGUUGUUGCUGUGGGAGGAAUACUCUUGUUGAUUGCCAUAAGUUUCUCCUACAAGACAUGCAGGGAUUUACUUAAACACAAAUUCGGGAAAGGAGCUUGGAAACUGACACACUUCCACAAGGUGGAAUUUGAUAAAUCAAACAUUGUGAAGAGACUGACAGAAGAAAAUGUAAUUGGAAGUGGAGGAACAGGGAAAGUGUACAAAGUCACACUGCCUAACCAUGAAAUUGUUGCUGUGAAGAAGAUUUGGAACGAUGGUAGAUUGCAAUCUCAAUCACAGCAAGAUAAGCAAUUCCUAGCAGAGGUUGAGGCUUUAGGAAAGAUUAGGCAUUCCAACAUUGUGAAACUGCUCUGCUGCAUCUCUAGUUCAAAUUCUAAGUUGUUGGUGUAUGAAUACAUGCCUAAUGGUAGUUUGUAUGAGCGCCUUCAUGGAACUCAACCACAAGCCCUAAUGGAUUGGCCAACUCGCUAUAAGAUUGCCUUUGGUGCUGCUCAAGGCUUGUCUUACAUGCACCAUGACUACUCUCCUUUGUUAGUUCACAGGGAUAUAAAAUCAAAUAACAUAUUGUUAGAUUCCCAGUUCAAUGCCCAUAUUGCAGAUUUUGGAUUGGCUAGAAAUUUGGACAAAGUGGGUCAGGAGGAUGUCAUGUCUGUGUUUGCUGGCUCAUAUGGGUAUAUGGCCCCAGAGUAUGCCUACACCUUGAAAGUGAAUGAGAAGUGUGACAUAUACAGCUUUGGUGUGGUCCUUCUGGAGCUUGUGACUGGCAAGAAGCCCAAUGCAGCAGAAUUUGGAGAUGGGCUGGACAUUGUUAGGUGGAUUCGGAAUCAGAUUCACAGCACUGAUGGGGUGCAAUCAGUACUGGACUCAAGGGUAGCAGAGCAUUAUACAGAAGAAAUGAUGUCCACUCUAAAGGUGGCUCUGCUAUGCACAAGUACUCUGCCCAUUAAUAGGCCUUCCAUGAGGGAAGUUGUAAAGAUGCUACUGCUUUGUAAUCCAGAUGAACAAGUUCGACGUACAGUGGCUGCUAGUUUGCCUCCUCAUCUAAAAAGAAAUCCCAGUGCUUUCACGACCUUGUCUAGAGAAUCCUCAUAUUCAGCAAACUAGAUCAUUGACAAGCUAGCUCCAUGGUGCAUGGUUCAUUCCGUGCAACUAUCUGGAUGCAAUCUCAUUGUGUAUCUGUUUUAGUUAUGUCCUAACCGGUUACAGGAGACUUUUCUUGUUGCUACUUGUAAUCCUAAAUCUUAAGCUUAAUUCAAAAUAAAAUAAAAGGAAUUAUGCUUAAAAAUCAAAA